UCCAUUGAACGUACUUUACAAAAAAAAUGAAUUACGAAACAAUGAAUCGUGUACUUUAACGAGUUAAGGAAGGAUGGAAUUUUGUUUCCUUGAAAUACUGCAAUGACAAAUGUCAUUUUACAUUCAGAGUUUUAUUUUUCAAAUAACAUUUGCUUAAAAUUCAAAAACUAUAUUUUUCUGGAAUAUGCUUAAAAACUGUAAACGCUUAAAAGACGUUUGCCUCUUAUGAUAAUGGUCACUGUAGAUAAAAAAAAUUUGUUAAAGUUGUUAAUCAUUUGAAGUUCUUCAAUUUAUAUUCAGGCGUAUAAUAUGUCAAUGCUAUGAUCAAGCUUAAACAGUUAAAUAAACUAUAAGUUUAUUUUGUCUUUUUGAAAGCAAAAAUGAAACUAGCAUUCGAUGUCUACAAACCAAAUAUCAAAGAAGAAACCUUUUUGAAUCCGAUUGUUCUUCUGCAUUCUAUAAUGGAAACGAAAAGCACUUGGAAGCCAAUAGCUCAACCACUUGCUCAACGCACUGGAAGACAAGUUUAUGCUUACGAUGCCCGGAAUCAUGGAGAUAGCCCGUGGAUUGGAGAAUACACUAUGGAUGCUUUGGUUGAUGAUUUGGAUAAAUUCUUACGGGAACAUUCCUUUUUAAAAGUCAUACUGAUAGGACACAGUGUGGGCGGAAAAGUCGCCAUCAGUUUUACUCUCAGAAAUCCUGAAAGAGUGGAGAAGUUGAUCGUAGAAGAUGUACCCGUUCGUAAUUUCAGACAUCGACUGCAUAAUCUUGUACCGACAGCUCUCAAGAUGGUGAAACUGCUAAUUGAAGACUUCAAGGAAAUCAACGACAGAGCACUGGCAGAGAGACACAUGAGGGAACUGGCAAAGCGAUUUUCUCACUUACUGGUUGUCACUCCAGAGAGAAUUGAUUCAUACAAUAUUGAUUGUAUACCUGCCAAAUGGAAUGGAAACAACUAUCAAUUGGACGUUAAUAUCGAUGUUGUAGUUGAUUCUCUGCGCCUUAAUAAACUGCAAAGUGAUUUAACAGGAAGAUACACUGGAUAUGCCUUGUUUAUCAUCGGAGGGGCAUCACAGUUCAAAGCUGAUCAAGAUCCAUCCAUUGAAGAAUUCUUCCCAGGUGCUGCCAGAGUGGUAUUCAAAGAUGCCGGACAUUUUAUUCAUCAAACAUUCCCGGAAGAAUAUCUGACUGAAGUCGUCAAUUUCAUUCUUAAAGACAAAUCAACGAGAUCCAAAUAUUGAAGCAGCCACGUUGAAUGAUUUACGUAAGAGAACGUGUGUGACGUCACAUUUCUAUAAAGUUAUUAAUCCGUUAUCAAAACCGUGAUCAAGCGAUUCUCCCUAAAAUGAGAUGAGACCUUCAAACUCCAGCGGCCCGGAACUCAAUUUGACACGUAUUAGUACGUAUACAUUAAUGCACGUACUUCUUUAGAACGCAUUCUCUCAAAGUGUGUAAGCUUGUCUUAUUUCGCCGGUCCUCAAUGAGUUAAUACCAAUGUCUGAAAAUAUCCUGCAAUCAUUUGGUUUGUUGAAGUUGGUGAUAGUGUAAAAUUUCCGUCGACGAAGUUGAUGUAUUAACCAUGAGUUGAAGAGGAUGUUGAUUGGCGUUUUUCCAAUUGUCCAUUUUUUUUAUUUUGGAGUGAUGUAGACAAGCAAUUAUUUAUCAAAAAUCAUAAAUUGCUUAAUAAUAACGCUAUAAUAAACAAAAAUGUUUCAUUUUUAAAAUUAUGUGUAGCUCCUAAGUAAAGAUUGAUCUUAAAUUUUAAUAUAAAUAUACAUUAUCAAAUUAUAAAUUGGAAAAAUGGCCCGAACGGUGAGGCUGCAGGGCUGAGUCCCACAAGUCACUUCCGUCCACCAAGAAAUCAAAUAUACCAGUGUCAUGUGUAUAGCAUAGUUUUUGCCAAGGAAAGUGAAGGAAUCUAUGUUAAAAUCAUAUUUUUAAAACUUAUUUCUCAGGAACUAUUCAACCGAUUUCGCUCAAAUUUUGUAUCUAGUCAUGCAAAAUUACAUACUUUAAAAUGAUAUAAAAAAUUAUAUACCUAACAGUUCUAAAUGUUUUGGACUAUUCUUUAAUAAAAUGAUAACAAAAUA